ACUAACAGGGGGGGAAAAAUCCUGCUGUGUUGUUGCAGACAAUGGACCCUGCAGAGCCUCGUAGAAAUACGCCUGUGCCCGGCAAACCUGGCAGUCCAGAAGAAAGGUAUCUGUGCCGGUUAUCUAGUGGAAUGACACUAGAAGAAUUCCAUCAGUGGCGAGAGAUAUUGAUGAUAAAUCCCACGAUGGCCAUGAACCCUUUAUUGACAGCAUCAGGGCAGCAAAGGAUCCCACUGUUUCCCUCACCAUUUGAACCUCUGCCUGUGGAUAGAGAUGUAUUGCCUUCCACUGUGGCUCCAACUGACCCAAGACAGUUUUGUGUUCCAUACCAAUUUGGAUCCUCUGUUCAACCAAAUGCAAAUAUGCCGAACAUGAUGUCCAAUCGUGUCUACUCAGGUUGGGGCAUUUUACCACCUGAAUCCUUAAAAGCAAUGGCCAGGAAGAAUGAAAUGAUUCAAAGGCAGCAUACUGCCAGGAUGGAAAUGGAAAUGCAUGCCAUUUACCAGCAAAGGAGAAUAGACAAAAUAAAUCCCAAAGGAUUUUCAGGCCUGAGGGUACCAUUCCCCUAUGGCUCCAGUAUCCCCAGUGGCCCAGCCACCUGCCAUGGCAGGAGCAUGCUCCCUGCCGGUGACCUGCAUUUGCACAGACGCUCCCUGAGAAGUCUUCAUGGAAACCCCAUGCUAGUGGCAACUGGUCCACACUACCUAGAGGGUUGGGGGCAGAAAUGUCGUCGUCUCAGGAGAGGUAUGGGGAAUCAGAAAGUUCUAGACAGUGAUAUUGAGAGUUCCAAAAGUCAAGCAGAAGAAAAACCCGUAGGCCAGGUUCAUGUGAUUCCCUAUGAAGAGGAUGAGUAUGCAAAAGACCCAGAAACGGAAGCUCUCAACAACCAGAAGUCAAGCGAAGUCAACGAAAAGCCAACUGCAGUUCUUGCCAUUACCUGUGGAGAGUUGGAGCCCACCCACAGAGAACCCUGGGGAGCUCCUGACGCUCCCAUGGAAGCAAAGGCCUGGGAUGGUGGGAGAGAGGAGGUUUCAGAGCAGGUUUUUGCAGCCUGUGGUGAAAAGAAUGGGGUUUACCCUCCAGUUCCUCAACCAUCUUUGCCAGGAACACAUGUACUGGUUACAAGAGGGGAGACUCUGUCUUUGGAUGCGGAUAUUCAGAAGUGGACCGUGAGUGAUGUGCACAGCUUCAUCCGUGGCCUUCCGGGUUGUUCAGACUACGCUCAGGUAUUUAAAGAUCAUGCAAUUGAUGGCGAAACUUUGCCAUUACUCACAGAGGAGCAUCUUCGAAGCACUAUGGGGCUAAAGCUAGGGCCGGCACUAAAGAUCCAAUUGCAGAAUUUAUACUGCAUUAUAGGGCAUCUUUUUAUACUGCAUGUUUAUGCCAGGAACUGAGACUUCAAAAUGUUCUUCAAAAGCCAUUUUUAUCUGCCAAAAAAUGUUAAGGUAAAGAAGUUCGUUAUUUAUAAUGCAAAUGCUUUCAUAUUUUCAUUGUUAUUCUUUUUUAAAUGUCUUUUAUGAAAUAAUUUUAGAUACAGAAAAGAUGCAACAAUGGUACAGAGUUCACUCAGCUUUUCCUAAUGUUAACAUCUUACAUAAUGUAACACAUUUGUCAAAAUUAAGAAAUUAACAGUGGUACAAUAUGGUAUUCACUUUUAAGUGAUUUCUUUUUUGGUGAGGAUGCUUUAUCUCUUGGCAUACUUAAAUGACACUACACGGUUUUUACUUUGGCUUUGAUUUAUUCCUUUGGAUUUUUUACCUUACAAUGUGGCCAACUCCAAAUCACCCUAAUCUUCUCCUUACUUGCUGUUAGCAUUGCCCCCUAUAUCAUUUUCAGGAGGCUGUGCUCGGAUCUGGUAUGCAUAAGUGCUUCCAUGAAGCCCAGCUGAGCUGUUAGAGCCAUGUCCCAUCUGCCAGCAUAACAGGACAGGGCUUCCAUAGAAGCUGGUAGGAGGGCCUGGGAGUGGAGGUCCAGCUGAUCCCAGACAUUCAACCAAACAGGAUGGUUGUAGAGUCCUUGGGAUUGGGAAUGUCCAGGGGUCCAACUGAAGCAGCAGAAUUGAAAGAUUCUGAGUAACCUCUGGAAGACCUAGGAGGUGAGCAGGCAGGAGUUCCUCAGACAAGGUAUCUUGGUGGAUAAGAUAAAGUCUCAAUCUCCAAAAUGGGAACCACAGGCAAUAUUCCAUUAUGGAGAGCCUGCUAAGAAGGAAACUCUUUCUCCAGAAUAGAGGCUUAGAAGGUGCACCUGAACUGAGCAGGAAAGGGGUAGGAGGAAAAAAGAAUUACUGGUAUUUGAAAACUCAAAUAUUAUUAGCAUGGAGGAUGCUGGGUUUGAGCUGUGACAUUGUGAACAAUAUAGAAUCUCCUGGGUCCCGUUCAGGAUCAGGUUUGUGUAGGAGCCCAAUGGUUAGUGUUGGGCACUAACUGUCAUAACAGCUCCAUUUCUGUCUCAACACUAAGUCAACGGAAGGCCAGCUGUGUGCUGAGGUUGUCCAAAGAAUUCCAGCCUUUAGCCAGGAGAAGGACCAGCUGGGUGUUGGGGAAGGGGUGCCUGUGGGACCUCUUGUGAGACCAUUGAAAAGGGAGAGGUGGAGUGAACUCAGAGUGAAAUGAUUAUGUGUACAGAGGAGCCACAGCAGAACUAGGAAUGGGAAUUGGAAAGUUGCCACCACCUUGAUAGCCAGUUUUACAGCAGUGACCACUGUAUGAAUCUGAGAGAAAGAAAAAGGCCACUGUGUCCUAGAAUCGUGUCCCCCACAACUAUAUAGAUGCCCAUGCCUGAAAUUACCGCAGCCUCCCUGCCCUCUGUGGCCAAUCACAGUAUGCUGGGCUAUUGAAAGAAUUCAUAGGCUUAAUUACUGUAAUUAUUUUGUCUUCAAAGGUAUCUCAGCAUAUGGAAAGUAUGUUCUACAAGAAAAGUUUUUCGCUUCCUACCCACACAAAACAAGCAUUUGACCAACCAGCAGACACAUCC